UUUUUGGAGCUCCAGGUGAUAAGGCUGAGACAUAAAGGGGGCUGGGCCCUGUGGCAGGAAGCAGCCAGGCUGUGCAUCAGGAUGGCCAGCAGGAAGGCAGGGACCCGGGGCAAGGCCGCAGCCACCAAGCAGGCCCAUCGCGGCUCCUCCAAUGUCUUCUCCAUGUUUGAGCAAGCUCAGAUCCAGGAGUUCAAGGAAGCCCUGACGCCCAUGGACCUGGCCGGCAACAUCGACUACAAGUCCCUGUGCUACAUCAUUACCCACGGGGACGAGAAGGAGGAGUAGGGCGGGCGUCCCGCGGGGCUCGGCUCAAUAAACUGCUACCGAAUCAGA